AUGCCAUGGCGUCGUCCCCGUGUCCCGCUGCGUCGCCUCGCCGUCGCCGUUGGCAUCGCUAGCCUUGGCACCGUUGCCUUCGUGGCACCGCCGCGGGGCACCGCGGCGCCGGGGCCACCAGUGCUGCGAAAGGCAACGGAGGUGAAGGACAUCGACAUGAAAACUUCACCAAAGUUCGCAUCAGAGAGCAACUCCACUACCGCUGGAAGUGCGGAAGAUGAGGUGACAACAGACUUCUGGAGCUUGACCGAGAGCGAUAGGAGUUUGACCAAAGGAAAGUUCUUGGAUCGAUCUGUGGCUGUGUUAGUACUUGGCUUGGUGACAGUCCUGUGGGGAUCGCAGCAUGCCAUUAUCAAGUACACUUUGGCUUCAGGAGCCAAUGACAGCUUGCAAGCCGCCAGCUUGAAUUUAGUGCGUUUUACCCUGGCUGCGCUGUGUUUCUGUCCCUUCUUGCCAUCACCCGGCAGCUUGCUUGACCAAAGUCGUGCUGGAGGCAUGGGGGAGGUGCGCGCACGAUUGGAGUGGCGCGCUGGAGCUGAGUUGGGCUUUUGGCUUUUUCUGGGCUUUUGUUUGCAAGCACUGGGGCUUUUGUACACUACAGCCCAGCGGAGCGGGCUCUUGCUGUACUUGAACGUGAAACUGGUGCCUUUCUUUGCGUUUUCCAUUUUUGGGCGGAAGGUGCCAUUGAGUGCUUGGCUCUCUGCUGUGGCUGCCUUCUUGGGCACCACCUUGGUGGCCCUCGAUGACCAGGCAGGCGUCCCACCAAACGUGGGAGAUCUCUUGAGUUUGAUGGCUGCGGCGGCAUCGGCCAUGUUCAUCCUUCGGCUCGAAACCUUCGCCUGCGCCACGGAUCCCAAAGCAGUGAAUGCUGUCAGCACCCUUUCCGCCCAAGCCUCAGCGUGGACAGACGGAACCAUGUGGGACGUGAAGGCCAAUCUGACCAGCAGCGCCAUGAGCGUGGCACUGUUGUGCCUCCCUUGGGCCCUGCUGGUGGCUGGAUCCUCCUUGGGCUCCGAUGUGCUCAACGGCCCCGUGGACGUGCUGGCGGAGUCUGCGCUGGCCAACACGGUGCAGAGAUGCUUCGAGCUUUUGAAGGAGCAACCGCUCUCAGUGGUUUACCUGGGAGUGUUGACCACAGCCUUCACCAAUUGGUUGCAGACGAUCGGGCAGCAAAGUAUCCCUGCUACCACGGCCUCUGCAAUCUACGCCUUGGAUCCGCUUUGGGGAGCCUUUUUCGCCUACCUCUUUCUGGGAGAGACCUUAGGCGCACAGGGCUUGUUGGGAUGCUUCAUCCUCUUCGCUGUGUGGCUCUAUCAGCUGGCAGCUCGUAGACUUUGUGCUGGUUGCAUCAGGGGGUUCCCCACUCCAAAUGCUGGUGGAAACAAGAGGAAAACAUGA